AUGGCUGCUUCCAGUCAGGUUUCCCGUCUGCUGGGCUGGUUUUCUUCUUCUUUGAUCUUCAGUUUGAUGUCCUUACCGUUUUCCCUCCCUCUUUUCUCUUUUUCAGGGUCAUAAUAACUCACUCCAGCGACUCAAUCACGUUGAGAAGGUCCGCGCUGUGCCUCUUUUGCUCCGGUCUCCUUGUCUCGUAAGAAGAGCUGGUUUUCAUUUUGUUUUGGUUGGUGCAGAUGAUUGUGCGGGUGCUGGAGCUGGCGGGCGCCGUCAUGGAUGAGCUUGCCGGCCCCUCGGGUCCCAGGAAGGACGCUAUUGCUAGCCAUUGCCACGAGUUCAUGCAGUCCAUCAAGGUCUCUCGUUACCCGGCCCUCCCCUCCGGGGGCAAAACCCCCGCCGUGUAAUUUGUUUCCUGGCGUUCGAAAUCCUCUUCUUCUGGUCGAUCCAACCUGUUCUUACCUUAAAGUGGGUUUGAUAUGGUGGGAUUCUCUGCUCUGAAUCUCUCUCCUUUUGCUCGAUUUCAUCCUCCCUGGCUUCACGGGUCCCUUUUAAUUGAGCUUUUUAUAUCUGAGGAGUGGCUUUACCAAUUGGUGGCUUGUUUACUUAACAGAGAAUUCUUCUAGUUUUCUCACAUUUAUACUGGAGUAUUCACUACUUAAUUGAGAAUACAGCAGUAUAAUUCAGGAAAAGUAGUUAAUAUGUCUCAUUAUGGCGGAAUUGUUGUUGUGUUUCGACGGACGAUGUGAAUCAUCGGAGUAAAUUAUUUAUUUGUCUCCAGAUACUCCUAGUUACCCAGAGAGCCAUUAUAUGGCUGAAGGAAUGCGUCUGGUCUGAGAAUUCUAGCUAUUUGUCAUGGGAAAAGGUGGCAGAUGCUGACUUUUUGACAGAAGGAUGAGAAAAGUGAUCCGAAGUUCGUAUCAUUUUAGUUACCCAGCUAAAUAAGUUUGUUUCCAAUGACGCAGCCUCACUUAAAGUUUAGGUCAGCGAUUCUAUGACGAGGACAUUACACAAACCUGCUCACUUCUUCUUUCCCUAUUUGAUCAGCUUUUAAUUUUUCUAUGUUCACGAAGGCCAUUGUCCCUAUCCCAAGAUGACCAUACAGAUCCUGUUGCAUGGCCUGCCAGAUAUGCCAAGUGGGUUGUUCUGCUGUCAUAGAUGCUUUUAUAUAUUGUUUUAAUCGGCGGUUGAACUGGAAUCAAAAUAGACCUUCAAAGAGUCCCCUUAUCAGCUUCAAGCGACCUAGUUUUUAGAAAAAUCACUGCUCCUGUAAGGAUUUCCCAAAUACUAGUAAAAUCCUUCUGAAAUCCUCUUCUUUCUUUUUCCUUUAUUUCGUUUUCCUUUCUGUCUACAAACUUUUGUUUUUAUAAACUUGGAUACAUUUUUUUUGUCAGAUUAUCAAACGAGGAUAUCCCUCCUAUAGUUUUUUUUUUUUGACUUUAUUCUGGAGGAACAUUCUCUUCAGAGUCUUUAAUCUUAUGUAGGACAACCACUUGCAGGAGUUUCUUCAAAGCAUUUCGUGUGUAGACAGACAUUUGGGGAUGUUAUCAGUUAGUGGAGUAGAAGAUGCAGAAUAUGAGCAGUUAAAAAAGAAGAGUGGUCGCUGUUACUAUUCUUAGGAGAAAAAUUAUCUUUGCUGUGAGCUAAGAUGAUGUCCCCUUUGCGGUGGAAUUCUGGUGAUUUUCCUCGUCCUCUACAGAUUUUGUCUCUUUAAAAAGUCGUAUAGUGUUGAUCUGGGUGACUAUUCUUUUAUUUCCCAUCACUAUCAUUCGUAUGGAAGUUACAGUAAUGCAAAUUCCAGUUAUCACAUAGAAGAUAAGGUAAUUGACUCAGACAACCAGUUUCUAGUUGAACAAUGAAAGGGUUCCCAAGGGAAAGGAAAGAUCUUUGAUUUGAAAUGGCUGUGCCCACCAACUACUUAGAUCCACACUUUUGUAUACAUUAUGUGUAAUUGUGUUUCUUAUAUCUACCAUUUUCAUGAUUUCACAUAUAUCCUAGUAGGUAGUUGGCACUUCCAGAGCUACGACUUGCUUUAGCCAGUGCUGUAUCUUAAAAGGCCGUCCCUUGUACCCGUCAACUGGGGCAUUGGACUGUUCUUGGUCACCUGGAAAGAAGAAGACUACGUGAUUCACUGUCAUCUUUUGCGGGUUUGCUCGGAGACUACAAGCCUUCCAGCUCUUGUGGCCAUCUCAUCAAUGGGAUGGCACAGCUCGACAGAAAAUCCUGCCCAGUUCCCCCUGAUUCGUACAUUGUUGAUCUGUCUGUCUCUAUUAAUCUGACCAUCCAACUCAAAACCAGUUGUCAAUGGGCGAUCAAUUUUCACUGCAAAGCCCGACCCGUCGUCUUCAAUGAGGGACGGCCAUUCUGCUGUCUCAACACUGACAUGGCCUAGCGUGCCCGACUGUCUCGUGCAGGACAUCCAGUCGAAUCUGCGAGAAGAGAUUAAGAGCGUCUGCGAGUACCGCCCGUUUGAGAUGUGCGACUACAAUUCGAGAAUAGCCAACGAGAUCUGCUGCCAGAAGCUGGACUAUGUGAUCAGACAGCUGGAUGGUAUGAAACAGAAUCUUGAUCGGUGCAGGGAACCACUCCUCUGA